GUGACAGGCAGCCGACUCCGUCAUCAUGUGACGCCGCUGCGAGGCGGAAGCGGCGCCGAGCUCUCACUCUGCUGCGAGUCCUGAGUACCACCUCCAGCGGUGGUCGUUGGCUCCGGAGUCCGGGCAACAAAUAAAUAGGCCUCCGGUGUCGCGUUUCAGCUUUCCAGAAAGCCCGAUGAAAUAAACCAUCUUUGAGAGAAUACAUUGCGUUAAGGAAGACAAACGGACACAAGCAAGAAGUUAAAAAAAAUAAGUUGGACGUCUGCUCCUCGUACUCAAAGAACUAAGUGAGCCAUCUUGCCCCAGUGUAGACGAUCUUCGGCGGAGCUAGCCGGCUAACUACUAGCUCAAAGAGACGCCAUUAGUUGGGUGACAACCAGGCAUUCGCAUCAGGGUGAAAAGGGAAGUAGCUCACUGUUUAGACCCAUAUCCCUCACGCUUGUUGGUAGAUAUUGGUAAAAGUCAGAUUCGCUUAUGCUGUCGAGGUGUUUUUAGCUGUUUUUCCCAAAGUCGGAAACUGAUGUGAGCUACGCAGGACUUCAGUUCCGACGGGGUUAGCAUUAGCAGCGCUAGCUUGAUAAACGCUUGUUUUGAUAAAGCCGAGGACUUCUUUAACAAACUGCCAGCUAUGGCGGCAGGGGGGACGGGCGGCAAAACCUACUCGUUCAAGGUGGUGUUACUCGGGGAAGGCUGUGUGGGGAAGACGUCGCUGGUGCUGCGAUACUGCGAAAACAAAUUCAACGACAAACACAUCACAACUCUACAGGCGUCCUUCCUCACAAAGAAGCUCAACAUCACAGGAAAGAGAGUUAACCUGGCCAUAUGGGACACAGCAGGGCAGGAGCGUUUUCAUGCGUUAGGUCCCAUCUACUACAGAGACUCCAAUGGAGCCGUACUAGUGUACGACAUUACAGACGAAGACUCCUUUCAGAAGGUGAAGAACUGGGUGAAAGAGCUGAGGAAAAUGUUGGGGAACGAGAUUUGUUUAUGUAUAGUAGGUAAUAAAAUUGAUUUGGACAAAGACAGACACGUGUCAGUGGAAGAGGCCGAGAGUUACGCCGAGUCGGUGGGAGCCAAACACUACCACACGUCAGCCAAGCUAAAUAAAGGCAUCGAGGAGCUCUUCCUGGAUCUCUGUAAAAGGAUGAUGGAAAACGCUCAGGCUGAGGAGAAGUUGAAGGGCAACGGAGCCAGCCAAUCAGCAUCGAGUAGGCGGGGCGUACAGAUUGUCGACGACGAACCACAAACCACGCCCGCUGGAGGAUGCUGCUCUUCUGGCUAACACGCACACACUUUUACACACACACACACACACUUUCUCUCUCUGUCAUACAUGCUUGCAGACAUAAUAUUCACACACACACAUUCACGAGUGUCUCUGUUGUCCAGUCGGUCGGCUCUAAAAUCCUUAAAAUAAUCCCAAAUGUUUUUGCUCUGUUCAUUCAGCACCGCCUCCGCUGCUAAGGAGCAUGGGAAAUCAUAUUUAAAAUGGUUUAAUCAUUGUUCCCUCCAAAAUAAAAGUAACUUAUGAUUAAAACGAGUGUCAUUCCAGCGAUUUAAAUCUGACAAAAAUCACAUUUUCAGCACUUUGAUUACUAUAACUUCCUGUAUUAGAAUCUUUAACUGAAACAGUGACCAAAACUAAAAACUACACCUCUCAAUCUGGAGCUGUGUUUGUGUGUUUAAUACUUAGCAACAUUAAUAAAAGAGUUGAAAUAACUUUGAGGACAAAAUGGCGACUCAGACUUCAGCAGAGAUUUUCUUUUCUUUUUAAUUUUUUUGGGCGGGGGUCUCUCUCUCUCGAGGGGAUGAAACACACAUCCACACAAACUGUAUAAACCUCCAUUUAUCAUCAUAUUUAUCUAAAAAAUAUAAACAUGUUCCCUGUUUUCAAACCCAGAGGAGCAGCAGGCCGACAGUUUGUGGCGAAGCAGCUCCGCCUGCUGGCUACAGGUCAAACUGCAGGAAGGUGACGCAACAUUAAAGGGCCGGUUCUGAUCUUUUCGAGUUCCUCUUAAUACACUCACAGCGAAAGACUCGUGGGAAAAUAACAUCCCGUCCUAACACAACUGCUCUGUGAGAGAUGGAGGUUUUAAAGUUCUUCUGAAGUGAAUAUGAAGCUUCAGCUGUCUGAGUUGGACAAAGCAGGUGGGCAUCUUCGUCCUGGUGGACGUUUACUGCAGGCGCUUUGUCACGUGUUUCGUGUAAAGAAACGAAUAUCGUGUUUUUGGAAAAGUGACUCAGAAUAGUCCGAAUGCGGAGCGUUAAAGCCGCGUCCUUGACCUUGGAAAACACAAGUGAGCUUUUCCCUGAGCUUUCACCUACAUUUCAUGGUCAUCCUCAGCGGUUGGAGUUCGCUCAGUUGUCAUAGAGAUAGCUGAGUGGGCAACACGUGACCCAAGUACGGAUGACACACUUCAUCUGCUUAGGAAGACCAUGAGAUGGUGUUGAAAGCCCCGGUUGGUAGUUGCGGACACAUUUUUUAAAAAUGUAUUUAAUUUUUUUUGGUCGAAGUAGACAGAACGUUCUUGUAAUGCAGAUUUAAUCCGCCUGAUUCUGAGCGCUGUCGAUUUACGCUGUCGUCCCACAAUGCAACGCAACGAGGAAGAGAAGCUACUGACAUUUAAAGCUCGAGGAAGAUCACAAAAACGAUAAAAUGUCUGGAAACAUAAAAGUGUGAGAUAUGUGCUAAAAAGACGGAAGAACUCACUUGACUUGACUCAGACUGUUGAAGCGUCAUAUUUGUCUCCUCGGGGGCCGGUUACAGCGAUCGCUCUCUGGAGCGUCGAUGUGCUUGUUCCCCAACGGGAGCCAACGGGAAGUCAGCCGGCUCGGCCAGAGAAGGACUCUACUGAGCACGCUCCGUCGGUGCUGGUUAGCAGCUUGCGUGGCAGUGAUUCGGGUGCAAACUUGGGACGCGGCCUCCAGUUUUGCUUUGGACGCACAUAUGACGCGCGAGUGCUGGAUUAACACAGACGGGGGAAAGUCCGAACCCGUCCUUUAAUCCAAGCAGUUUAUUAAAUCGUGAAAUCUGUCACGAAGAAGCAGGACUUCAGUUAGAGCUGCACACGUCGCUUAAAAAUGUUUCCCGUUUGUGAGAAGAAAAAUAUAAUUUAAUAAAUUAACUGAAUCGUAAAAAAACAACAAAAAGAAACGUAAACUUGCACAGAGCUGCUGCUGAACCUGGUCUUUGGUUUUUAAAGUAAACUGCACUUUGAUAAAAUCAAGUUUAGAGAUUAAAAACAAUUUAAAAUUAACAGCUAAUUGCAAACAUCUUAGUUUCUAAUAAUAAAAAAAUAAUGAUCAAAAUGUGUCUGCAUUGCAACUGAACAGUUUUUUCUUUUGUCUUAUUUUGUCUUAUUUAUCCAAAACCUAAAGAUAUUCACUUACAGAAAUAUCAAACCGAGACAAACUCACAUUGGAGAAACUGAAACCAGGAAAUGUUCAAUGAAUCGUCAAAACAUUUAUCAAGAAAAGUUUCUGAUUCAUUUUCUGUCGAUCGACUGAUUGAUUAAUCGAUUGCUCUGUUGCUGUUGAUCCAGAUUUGCUAAACUACUUAUUCUUUUUUUUUUUUAUUCCUAAAUUAGAUUUUGUUUUAACAAACAUUUUCAGUUAUUUAAUUGAUUAAUCUAUGAAACGUCAGAAAGUACUGACAGAGAGCCGAAGACGCCGUCUUCAGAUUGGUCGUUUUGUCCUGAAAACUCCAAAAAUAUUUGAUUUACGAAGAUAUAAAACAGAGAAAACCUCACAUUUCAGAAGCUGGAAACAGAUUAUUUCUGACAUUUUUUGCUUGAAAAACUUAAAUUCGUGUCAAUUAAUUCUCUUUGUAAUUGAUUAAGUGACUAAUUGUUUCAGCUCUGAACAUAAUAAUGGCUUUCUCAAUGUUGUGCAGCUGCUCCUUCAUCCUCCUCUUCAUGGUUUUUAAAACACACACACACACACACACACACAGUGUCCUGGACAGAGAAAUAAUACCGUGCAUGUUUGAUUUCUGUAAAAGGCUUUGUUUGUUUUACUUUUAAAAGAAAUGGUAAAUAAAAUAAACUGAACAGCGAUUAUUUAAUAAGUUAUAUUCACGCGGCGGAAAUCUGUACGUGAGCGAAGGUUUUCUGUGUACUCUGCUGUGUACUUUUACUGUGUUUUCCACUGGGCCUGUAGCUCCAUUAAUCUCUGCUUACUGAAAAAACUACAGUGACAUUGUAAAAAAAAAAAAAAAAGCAUACAGGACGUUUUAUCUGCCUUUUUGGGGGAAAUCGAUGCACAUAGAAGAAGAGAAACUAAACGCUGUCCUGCUCAUCGUGGAAUAAUGGAAAAACAAAAACGUGUGGUUGAAAAGGAAAAAAAAAAAAGAAAUCAGCGCACUUUUUGGAAAUGUAAUUUUUUAAAAUGCUAGUGUCAAAGUGUUUUUUUGUAAAGAUAAUAAUAAGAACAAUUAUAACGAUUUACACAACGCA